CUCAAAUUCACUGCAUACAAAAGUAGGCCUAAGUAAAUGCCGUUUUCGUCAAAGUAACGCAGCCAGUGCUAAAUAUUACAAAUCAAGAGUAACCUUAAAUUAUUGCUCAUUUAUUAAACAACUAAAAUGGCAUCAGAGAUCACGUUGUUUGAAGAUGCAAAUAAAGAAUUUCUAACAUGCUCCAUCUGUAAGGACAUUUUUAAACAUCCAAAACAAAUAACAUGCAUGCAUAACUUCUGUCAAGAUUGCCUACAGCCUCUAAUAAAGGAAGGAACGCCACACAAGUUAAAGUGCCCCCUCUGCCGAGAGGAAGUUGAGCUGACGGUAGACACCAUUGAUGAACUAGAAGAUAAUCUUUUUCUCAGUAAUUUGUGUGAGUUAUUUCUAGUUGCUAAUCUCAAUACCGUGGACGUCCUCUGCUCAUUUUGUUCAGAAGCAUUAAACGAAGGAAAUGCAUCACGUUGCAUCGAUUGUUCUGAUAACCUCUGCGAUAAAUGUGCAAAGACACACACCCUGACCCGCUUGACAAGAAAUCAUCAAGUCAUCUUGAUGUCAGAGCUUAAAACAGAAACCCUGGUGAGAAAAUCAAGAGAAGGAAACGUCAAGAUACCAUGCCAGAAACACUCAAAUAACCAUUUGGAGUACUUCUGUCAAACAUGUCAAGUACCCGUAUGCCUCGGAUGUACUGUUGUAGACCACGUACGUCAAAAUGGUCACAGCCUCAUAAACCUACAAGAUGGUCCGACAAAAGAAAAAUUCAAGGAGCAGAUAACCGAGCAACUUAACAAGCUAGAAGAAAUCAUACCAUCUUUUGAAAAGCAUAUUGAUAUUGCAAAUGAAACGGAGAAAUGCCUUAUCAAAAGUCUUGAAAAAACCAAAAAUGAUAUACGGGAUACUGCUAAGAGUCUUAUUGAUGAAAUCGAAGCUCACUCUAAGUCUUUGAUUGAGAAGGUCGAUAAGAAAGCUGAAGCUAUUCAGAAGUCAGUUGAACAUCACAGAGAAUCUGCUGAAAUCCGGGUCAAGAGUUCUACCAAGAUCAACCAGUUUGCUAGAAACCUGUGUAAGCAUGGCCUAAAUGCUGAGAUAAUGUCAUCGGCUAAAGAUCUGCUGAGAAGAAUGAAAGAAUUGCAAGAGGAUAUGAAAGAUCUAGAAGGAACUGGUGAACUACGUUUCGUCAGACAAGAUGAAUUCAAGUUUGGAGUAGUGAAAGAGUGCAAGAUCAUAGAACGGGAUGAGUACAGCUUAUUGGAAUAUUACACUGAAAAGGAGAUGGCGGUUACUAACAGUGUUAAAAGAGGUCCACAUUGGCCGACAGGAUUUGACGGUUACGACAAUAAUGGACGUUACAAUCAAAACAGAAUCCAGUCAAUUCGAAGAAACGGGCCGAAUGAUAUAGGAGUUACGGUUUGCUUUCAGUCAGGUAGUAAUAUGGAGUGCAAAAUGAAUCCUGGAGAUUACUGGUUACAGCCAACGAAUGUAUCUUCCAAUUACCAGAGUCGACUGGAAUGUUAUACUAAAAAUUUUAUGAAAGUUGGAGAUGAAGUGAAAAGAGGCUUACAUUGGCCUCCAGGUUCAUAUGACUCGUACGAUGAAAGAGGACAAAAGUCAGGAAAAAUCACGCAAAUCAACCAAACACAGAGUGGUACUAUUGUUACCGUAGAUUUUGGACCACCAGGCAACCAAACCUGUCAAUUUCCAAUGAAUACCGGAAACUACCACUUGUUGCCCCUUCAUUCGUACCCUUUCAUUCAUUGGGUUGAGUUUUAAAUGUCACAAAGUAUGUAUACUCAGGCCCGUAGCCAGGUUCUUCCAAGGUGGG